AAUUUUUUAAAAAUUAAUUUGCCGAAAUAAAAAAAUUAUUUUUGUUUGAUCCAAAAUAAAAUUUUUAUAAACAGUAAAAAUGGACUGCGGUGGGGUAUUCGUUAAAUACGUGCUUUUCAUAUUCAACAUACUUUUUGUGGUAUGUGGAAUUUUAUUAAUAGUUUUUGGAUCAAUAAUGCUUUCGCAUAUAGGCGAAUUCGAUGGUUUUGAACAGACUUUCCAAGCACAUAGUGUACCUAUAGUGAUUGUGGUACUUGGAUGUGUUGUCUUCAUUAUAGCAUUUUUGGGUUGCUGUGGUGCUAUACGUGAGAACUCAUGUUGUACAAUGACGUAUUCCGUCUUUAUGUUUGUCUUGUUCUUAUGUCAAUUGGCUUUGAUAAUUUAUGUGUGGUGUGAACGUGAGAAAUUCUUAGCAGAUAUGAAAGUAGUUGUGUCAAAAAUAUGGGAACAACGUCAAACCGAUCAGAAAGUCAUGGAUGCUUUGCAAUUGAGCUUCAACUGCUGCGGAAAGAAUACCUUCUUGGAUUAUUAUAAUGAAACUAUACCAAAAUCAUGUUGUGGACCUAAUGCUACAUCUUGCAGCAAAGUGGAAGCUAUGCUUAAACCUGGUUGUACCACUGCCUUUGAGAACUUCUGGAAGAAGAAUAUAGAUAUCAUACGAUAUGCGGGUCUUGGAGUUGCUGCUGUUGAACUCAUUGCAUUUAUAUUCGCCUGCUGUUUAGCAAAUCAAGUUCGUAAUAAUAUUAGAAGAUCCAAUUACUAAAUUUUCAUUCAUAUUGAUAUCGAAAAUAUUUUCUAAACGAACAAUUAUUUUAUUUAUUCAUAAUUAUUGUUUAAAUUUACUAAAUUACUAAAGUUGCUAUAUCAUAAUUCAUAAAAUAUUAAAAUUGUAUAUUUAAACGUGCUGACUUAAGUGGAUUCUUCAUAUA